UCACCUCCCUUUAUUAUUAUACAAAAUGACCCUAAUUAAGAAAUUUAUCUCACAUAUGACAUUAAUGAGUGUUAUUUAUUUAAAAAAAAAAAAAACUAACUAUGGUUAACUUUGAAAAAAAUAAAUAAAAAGAAACUAAAAACCACCAACCCAGCCACCACCUUCACCCUCAUCCCCACCAGAUGUAGCCAGCCCCACCUGCAAAGAAGUAAAAAAUAAUUAUAAAAAAAAAAAAAAAAAACACCACACAUAUGUGUUUUAUUUGAACACGUUUUACAUGAUCCAAUAACAUUUGUGUUUUACAUAUUACUAAAGUGUAUAUAUAGUCCAUUUUAUAUGAAACAUAAAAAUAGUGAAAAUGUAUCAAUUUGUAAAAUAUUUGUGAGAUAAAUGUGGUCUAUAUGAAAAAUACAUCACAAUAGUAUAUCUUCUUAUUCUCCUAACACCCUCCCGCAAUCGGACCAACACUAAAUUAUAUUAUCAUAAAAUCUAUAUGAAAAAUAUAUCUUAUUAGUAUAAUUUCCAAUAUACCUAACACAAUUAUUAUUCUAGAAAUGACUACCUACUUUAAUUGGUCAAUAAAAUUUUAUUAUAUAUCCAAUUUCAAAAUAUAAAUUAUCGUAAUCUUGCUAUAUUUAAAUUCACAUUAUAUUCGGAGAAAAAGCAAUAGCUUCAGCACCAGAAGCGGGAAGAGUACCGGUGAAAUUCGAGAAUGAGCCGGAGUUGCCAAAGGAAAAUGCGAAGUAUGAACUGUUGUUGGAGUUAACAGGAAGAGGAUCCGCUAAUGCCAGACUAGCAGCUGAUAUAGUUAUGGUGUUAGAUGUGAGCUACAGCAUGAAAGGAGACAAGUUGAAGGAGAUGAAGCGCGCGAUGCAGUUUGUGAUCAGCAAGCUAAGCCCAUCUGAUCGUUUGUCGGUCUGCACAUUCGCAAAAGAUUCAAUCAAACUGUGUGGAUUGCGGGUCAUGAGUCCCGUUGCUAAAGAGAAGGUCGAUUACAUGGUCCAAAAUUUACAAGUCGAUUACUAUACUAAUAUAAGUGCUGGCCUUCAAAUGGCCUUAAAGGUACUUGAUGAUCGGAAGUAUACUACUGGCCGAGCCGGCGCUAUCAUGCUUAUGUCUGAUGGUGAGCAAAAUGUGGAUGAUGCAACCAAGAUUUUGGUUGAUCGUUAUCCCAUCUACACUUUCGGUUUUGGGGAUGAGAAAGAAAUUGACACUAAGGUCCUUGGACACAUUGCUAGCAAAAGCAAAGGAGGAACAUUCUCUGUAGCUAAACUUGGAGAUCUGAGUAAGUUGUUCGCCCCGUGUUUGGCUGGGCUUCUUAGCGUACUUGUAAAAGACGUGAAUCUUGUUAUCAAACCACUGCUAGGGACGGUGAGCAGAAGAGAGAAGGUUAAAACCAUCAUCGAAAAGGUUUCUGCAGGAGACUAUGAACAAAUUGUCGAUAAAGAAACUGGCGUCGUAACUGUUUCAUUUGGUGAUCUCUACCAAAAAGAGAUACGCAUGGUUUUGGUCUUCCUUUCUCUCCCUGAAAUACGUAAUGAUCCAAACAAGGCUCAAGUCGAACUCGAUUCCCUUCUCUCUUGCACCUACAGGGCUGAAUCGGGAAAUUCGACACAAACCAAUCCAGUUAAGUUCCGAGUUAAACGAUGUAUUGCACCAAAAAUGAAACAAACAGACGCAACUAAAGCUGAGAUAAAACGGGUGGAAAUUGUGGAAUUGAUGAAAGAGGCAAGAACCCUGGCCGAAGCAAAAAAUAUGGAUGCAGCUCUAGAUAAGGUUGUAGAAGGCCAAAAUUCCCUCGGCCAUGUUGUCGUCGAAGCUCUUAAUGAAGAGUCCAAAAUGGUUAUUGAGACCCUGAAAUAUGAGGUGGAUGAGAUGGUGAAGUUUAUGCAAACUAAUGAAACCUACGAAAACAAAGGCCGUUGUUUUACCUACUCUUCUGAGAUUUCCCAUGACCGCCAGCGUUUUGCCUCUAGAGGCGACGUCGAAAAGAUACGAAGCUAUGCCACUCCGCGCAUGGAAACAUGUUUCGAGCAAGCAAAGGAAUUCGAGAAGGAUCCUAGCAAGCCUGUUCCCACGGUUGUGGAAGACGAGAGGACAGAAAUUGCGGCCGAUCCUCUUGCAACCGUCGCACCAUCUCUUGACUACUACCUUCAAAUUGCAAUUGAUGCUCUCAAAAACCUUCAGAAAGUUAUCAACUACAAGGCCUGAAGUUGCUCUACGCAUGACCUUGCCUAUAACAUAUCGAUUGACUACGACGAUAUAUUGUGUGCUUGUUAUGUUAUGAAUUUGUGUGUUCUAUUGCUAGCUCCUACGAUCACUCGUGGACUAGCAAUGUUAUGCCACCCUUUUACUGUAUAAUAUUACAAUAAAGUUUUUCCGAGUAUAUAUAGCUCGGCACUUAAUCUAACUUUCUAAGGCUUGACUCUAGAUCAAUCCCUUUUGUAGAAAUUAAAUAAGGGUGUGAAUGAAAUCGUGUCGUUUGAUGUGUAUA